AGGCGGGGCUCGUGAGUGGAGCAGAGUUGAAUUGUUUUGUCCCUCUCCGCCCACCAUAUGAAAACUUAGACGGAGAAGGUCACAGAUAUGGCGGCUGUCAGGAUGGGAAAACUGAUAACCAUACCUGCAGGUCUGAUGUGUGCAUCUAUAAGUGUACAUGCAGCCAAAGAAGAAGAAUUGAAAAAGCAUCUAGUAAAACCAGAGCAGCUCCCCAUAUAUACCACACCACCUCUGCAGUCUAAAUAUGUUGAAGAGCAGCCUGGUCAUUUACAAAUGGGCUUUGCAUCCAUCCGUAAAACAACUGGUCAUUAUAUUGGCUGGUGUAAGGGUGUUUAUGUCUUUGUGAAAAAUGGGAUAAUGGAUACAGUACAAUUUGGAAAAGAUGCUUAUGUCUAUCUGAAGAAUCCACCUAGAGAUUUUCUUCCAAAAAUUGGAGUGAUUACAGUUUCAGGAUUAGCAGGCUUGUUUUCAGCAAGAAAAGGUUCCAGGUUUAAGAAAAUUGCUUAUCCCUUGGGACUGGCCACUUUAGGAGCAACUGUUUGCUACCCAGUUCAGUCAAUAAUAAUUGCAAAGGUAACUGGGAAAAAGGCAUAUACUACAAGCCAGCAAAUUUAUGAAGCAGUUAAAUCAUUGUGGACAAAAAACAACAAAAAAGAGUCACUCCCUAAACCUAAAGAAAGAACUAAGAUAGAAAACUCUGGUGAAAUAGAAAUAUCUGCAAAAACAACUCACAACCUGAAAUUUUCAGUGCCUUUGUCAACAGAACUCAUCUUUGAAACACAGACAGAAUCGGAAUCUACCUCAGGUGCUACACAGUUUAUGCCUGACUCCAAGCUCAUGGAUCACGGGCAGUCCCAUCCAGAAGAUAUAGAUAUGUACAGCACUAGAAGCUGAAAUAGUCUGCAUAGAGAACUACAAGAUGUGUGAAGUUGAAAAUAAUGAUGAAAAAAUCAUGUAAAGGGUAACUGUGAUACAUAGAAUAUAACCUAAACCAAGUUUUUCCCGUACAUCUUCUAAUGUAAUGUACAGUUUGACUAAUCACAUAAGUGAUUAAAACACAAACUGAAUUCAAUUCAAACAAUAUUAAAUGAUUGACAAAGAGGCAGAAGUAGAAGUAUUGGGAUGCAUUUAAUGAUUUUUAGCGGUGUUUACAAAAAUAGACUAAAUAUAUAAACACUGAUGAGACUAAAAUCUGAGCAAAUAUGUAUGUGGGCACAUAAAUAUUUAUACGGAUACACAUAUAUAUUUGUUUUACCUUUUUGAAACUAAUGUCAGCUAAAUUAGAAUAUUGUGUGGAAGGAUGUGUUCCCCACUUUUUCAUUUCCCAGAGCUGGAAUAAAAUGUUCAUAUUUUAUGACGCUUGGA